UUCUCUCCUCACCCUUCUUUCUCAUUCCCAUUUUGUCCUUGUCAUUUUUAAGCCACCCUUUUCAAAUCUUGAAAAUUCUCACAAUAUUUCUUCUUCUUCUAUACAAUUAUGUCUUCUUCAAGUGUCAACCAUAUAUCUCAGCCUUGCAUAUAUGGUCACUUUGUUUCUUCAACUACUGAGAGAAAGUCAAGGUUAAUGAAGUGGUUAAGUAAAGUUUUCAAGGGUGGGUCAAGUAAUAGUAGGGGACAGCAACAGCCACAGUUUCUUGGAGAUGAAAAUAUGAGUUGGAGAGCUCCAGCUAGAUCAAUGGAUGAUAAUUCUAGGACCAGUAAGGAGAAAGAGGAACUAGACCGUGCUAUUGAGCUCUCUCUUGCUGAAGAUUCGAAAAAGCCAAAAGGAUACAAAUGGAGGACUGAUCAAGAUGAAGAUCUAGCAAGAUCAUUUCAAAAUAAUUCGAAUUCAUCCUCAUAUCCUCCUAAUUAUGCUCCUUCAUAUGCUCCUUGGGAAUAUAAUCCCAGUAGUUACAGAAAAUGUAGUGGCUGCUAUAAGGAUAUCGUCUCUGGCAAUUAUUUGGGAUGCAUGGGAACUUUCUUUCAUCCAGAAUGUUUUCUUUGUCGUGCUUGUGGUGUCCCAAUUACUGAAUAUGAGUUUUCUCUGUCAGGGAACAAUACAUAUCAUAAGUCAUGCUUCAAGGAAAUGAAUUAUCCCAAAUGUGAAGUCUGCCAUCAAUUUAUCCCAACAAAUGGAGCUGGCUUGAUAGAGUACAGGUGCCACCCAUUUUGGUCUCAGAAAUAUUGCCCUGCACAUGAGAAUGACGGCACCAAAAGGUGCUGUAGUUGUGAACGUCUCGAGUCACGGAAUGCAAGAUAUAUGUCCCUUGGAGAUGGUCGGAGCUUAUGCUUAGAAUGCAUGGAAUCUGCAGUCAUGGAUACUGGGGACUGCCAGCCACUUUACCAUUCCAUCAGAGACUAUUACGAAGGCAUGAACAUGAAAAUCGAUCAAGAAGUUCCUAUGCUUCUGGUCGAAAGACAUGCCCUUAACGAGGCCAUUGAAGGAGAGAAACAUGGUCUCCAUCAUAUGCCCGAAACCAGAGGUCUAUGCCUAUCAGAAGAGCAGACAGUCACCAGUAUACUCAGAAGGCCAAGAAUAGGUGUUCGUGGACUAAUAGGAAUCAGAACACAUCCUCAGAAGCUAAUUAGAAGAUGUGAAGUUACAGCUAUCCUAGUAAUAUACGGCCUCCCAAGAUUACUUACUGGUGCCAUUCUUGCUCAUGAACUGAUGCAUGCCUGGUUACGUCUAAAAGGAUACCGUAAUCUCAGCCCUGAGGUAGAAGAAGGAAUCUGCCAAGUGCUUUCCCACAUGUGGCUUGAAUCAGAGGUAAUGUCUGGAUCUAGAAAUAUGCCGUCCACAUCAACAGCUUCAUCCUCAUCUACGUGGUCAUCAUCCAAGAAAGGCGGAAAAUCUCAAGCCGAGAGUAAACUAGGCGAGUUUUUCAUGCACCAGAUUGUCCAUGAUGCUUCUCCAGCAUAUGGUGGAGGAUUUAGAGCUGCUUAUGCAGCUCUGAAUAAGUAUGGUUUACGAAGUACAUUGGAACACAUUCGCUUGACAGGAAGUUUUCCUUUAUGAUGCGUUCAUUGUGACUUCUUUGGCCUCGUGUGUUCAUAGAUGAUUUAAUUUCCUCUGCUGUUGUGUCAUGUUAGAGGUCAUUGAUGAGGAAAUGAGGUGAUCAUGCAGAGCUGGUUUAGCUACCCUUAUUUUUUUCGGGGUCCUACCGGGGAUACUGAUGGAAUACAAUUCGAAUCCUACAAAUAAGACUACAUAUUUUGCAAUUAAACCGAAAUAUAGAAAUUCUGUCUUGUAUUGGAGACUAUCAUUUCAAAGGCAAUAAAGAUCAGAUAUUUGAAUGACUCCAGGAA